AUGCCCUCGUAUUUUUACCAUCUCAGUCUCGAGGUUCUUUCUAACUCUGACAUCGCAGCACAAACGCCGCUUGCUAUUGAAUCCGCUUGCGAAGCUCUCUUACCUUUUCAGAAACGCAACCGCCCCUCCAGCUCCUCCGGCGACGCUAAUAUUCUUAGAAAACACGAAAGGAGAGAAGGCGGCCUGAUUGCGCACUCAUCAUCUCAGUCUUCAAGCUCACAAGCGUCUCCCGGAAAGCCCUCUCGCUCCCGCUCCGCCAUCAAUACCUCAUCCGCCCCUUCCAACCUCCUCCACGACCUCCGCUCCAGCCCAAUCUCCAUCCAGUGCAUUGACAUGGUCACACCAGAAGGCGGCGCAAUGUCGCGCAAAAAACGCGCGGCCUCUGGCCAAGAAGAUAACCUCGUCGCCGCAGGGAUCGGCACCGACAUCCUCGGGGGUCUGCGCACAAAAGGCCGCUACAUCCCACUAGAUCAAAAGGUCGGGGACAGCGUCUGGGGAAUAGUGCACCUAUAUCGCGAUGCGGCAGAAACUCCCUAUCUCGCCUCUAACGAUGACGACUACCCUACCCACCUUAAAGGCUCGGCUGCUGCCGUCGCGCGACCGCCUGGCGGCGAGCAGCUAGCGUUCCGACCUCAUGUGGCGGGAGGCGCGUCGAAGAGUGCGGGAAGAGACUCGGCUGAUUUGGCGGCUUAUCCCUUUCCUGUUACGGCGUCAUCGUCGGCUCUUAUCCCGGACGAUGACUGCUCUACGUUGUGUGUGCUGGCUGUGCCAAGUUAUCUUUCAGUGUCUGACUUCUUGGGCUUUGUGGGGGAGAGGACGCUGGAUGAUGUCAGUCACUUUAGAAUGAUUAGGACGCCAAGGGCGAAUCGGUAUAUGGUUUUGAUGAAAUUCCGGAGUGGGCGAAAAGCGAUGGAGUGGCAGAAGGAGUGGAAUGGGAAGGUUUUCAAUAGUAUGGAGCCCGAAACCUGCCAUGUGGUAUUUGUCAAAUCCGUCGAAAUCCAGGUCGUCGAGCCCGGCGACCAAUCCGACUACACUCCAGCAGAAACUCUCCCACUCUCCCCGUCAUCCAGCCAACCCGGAGGCCGACACUCAACGUCAACCGGACAAGCAACCCUCUCCACGAAACCCCUCGCACCCCCGACUCCGGCCCUUAUCGAACUUCCCACUUGCCCUGUCUGCCUAGAGCGGAUGGAUGAAACAACCGGUCUCCUGACCAUCAUCUGCCAACACGUUUUUCAUUGCACAUGCCUCCAGAAAUGGAAAGGCAGCGGCUGCCCUGUCUGCCGGUACACACAGGACGACCUACGCCGGCCUAUAACGAGCGACGACUCUGACGCUCCACCGCCAGAAUGUAGUGUUUGCAACUCCGACCUCAAUCUGUGGGCCUGUCUCAUCUGCGGCAACAUAGGUUGCGGCCGCUACGACGGCGCCCACGCUUUCGACCAUUGGAAACAGACCUCUCACGCCUUUGCAAUGGACCUCACCACCCAGCGCGUCUGGGACUACGUGGGCGACGCCUACGUGCACCGCAUCAUCCAAAGCAAAACAGACGGGAAGCUGGUUGAGCUGCCCGCCGCGGACCACUCCGCCCUAGAUCCGGACUGGGCCGAUGCGGUCCCCCGCGAGAAACUUGAGAACAUGAGCGUUGAGUACACUCAUCUUUUGACGAGCCAGUUGGAGAGCCAGCGCGCAUAUUUCGAGGAGAUCGUCGAGCGGGCGGCUGAUAAAGCCUCGCAGGCCAGCGCCGCAGCCUCGGCCGCGGAGGAAGUUGCUAGUCAAGCGUCGGCCCGGCUGGCUGAGAUGCAGGCGAAGUUUGAUAAUCUGGCGGUUGAAUCCAUCCCAGGUCUUGAAAAGGAUAAAGCGCGGCUCGAGAAACGAGCAGACAAAUUCGAGGCGAUGGCGCGGGCUUUGGAGAAGGACUACCGGGCUGAGAAGGCGAUGAACGAGAAUCUGAUGGAGCGCGUCAAUGCUUUGACGACGGAGAAUGAGGCGCUGAAAGCGCAGUGCCAGGAUCUUGCGGAGCAGAAUCGCGACUUGACUUUCUUCAUAAGUAGUUCGCAGCGGCUGCAGGGGAGGGCGAGGAUGUUGUGCAGGGACAGUUAG